AUGGCAGACGCUUCUCAAGGCGAAGCGCUGUCGUCGAUACGUCAGCAAACCACAACGGUACAAGACCUUCGGGACAAUCGACUGGCCGACAGUUCGAAGAAGGGCUACCGUAGUGGCAUGACCCAAAUCAUGAAAUGGCUCAUAUCGUCUGGCCGUGAGUUCAUGGUCGAUGACGAUGGCUUGAUCAAACUUGACGUCUUUGGCUACACUGAUUUUACUGAGUUUGUGCUCUACAAGUACAAAGUUGCAGGCGUGUCCCUCUCCACGCUAUCCGGCUACCGCUCCGCGCUGAGAGACUACUACAAUAAGCGCAACGUGGUGCCCCCACCUGAGUUUGCAAGCGAUGCCACCGUCACCUUUCAAGGCAAAUUUUGGCUAUCCCAAAUGCGGCUGUGUGCAACUGAGACCCAAGCUGGUGCUAUCAAGGCCGGUACCAAGCAACCGCUCCGACACCACCAUUAUCUCGAGCUGUGCAAGGCAAGCAUGAUGAUGGCAGACGCAGGCUUUACACACUUGUUCCUGAUUUUGUCGUGGAAUUUGAUGUGCCGUUCAAGUUCGACGGCGGCCAUUCGAAUCGAUCACUUCACAGCCGAGGGCGAUGCGCUUGGGGUCACGUUUUACAAGUCGUAG